CAACGCCGUCUAUAACCCUACCAACUUUUUUACCAGAGUGAUACUCAGUAGAAUACUCCGAGCGACAUUGUUUGAUAUUUAUCGACGAAGAUGACUGAAAAGACAACCACCGUUGUUGCUACUCCAGCAACUGAAGAGAAGUCUCCUGCUAAAGCAGCUUCACCGAAGAAAGUUGCAGCACCGAAGGCGAAGAAUCCUAAUCCUAAAGCGAAGACUCAUCCAAGUACUUCAUCAAUGGUGAAAGCAGCUAUCAAAACUUUGGCUGAACGUAAUGGAUCAUCCCUCCAGGCCAUCAAGAAGUACAUCGCUGCUACAUACAAGUUGGAUGCCGAGAAACAUUCUCCAUUCAUCAAGAAGUUCCUGAAAUCCGCUGUUACCGACGGUUCAUUGAUUCAAGUGAAAGGUAAAGGCGCCAAUGGAUCAUUCAAGCUUCCAUCAGUCAAAGCUACUGCCGCAAAACCCAAACCUAAAGCUGCUACUGUGAAGAAGACUCCAGCUGCUAAGAAACCUGUUGCAGCAAAGAAACCUGCCGCCAAGAAAACUGAAGAUGGAAAACCAGCACCCAAGAAAGCAGCUCCUAAGAAGGCAACCAAGGCAGCAGCAGAAAAGAAAUCAGUUAAAGCUGUUACUAAGGAAGCUAAAGCCAAAACCACAUCAUCUCCAAAGGCUAAAAAAGCUACCAAAGCACCACCAACUGCAAAACCCAAGGCUCCCAAACCCAAGAAAGUCACUACUCCCAAAGCAGCUAAACCAGCUAAAAAAGUUACUGCUAAGAAAUAAAUCUAUUCAACACAUCUGUUUAAUCAACAAUAAACCGGCCCUUUUCAGGGCCAAA